CAUGGUCCAGGGGAUGUUGUGAAACUCCUGCACCUGACAGAAUUGCUCAGCACUUCUUCCACACUGAUGCCCAGCCUGGUCUCUAAUGAGGAGUGGAAAGAAUUAUUUUUAACAGAUUAAGUGAAGCUUCCCAUUACUCAUGGAGAAACAGCCCUCAGUGGUGUUUCGAAAUGUGGGACAGUUGUACUUCCCCCAAACCAGGCUGGAGUGCCACUACAGUCUGACAUCAGAGCAUCAGUGGAGCAGCAGUGAUUGGAUAGGGAUUUUUAAGAUGGGCUGGUCUUCAGUCAAACAGUAUCACACCUAUACGUGGGCUCUGGUCCCUGAUGGAUACACAGAGGGAACCAGCGUUGACUACUGGGCAGUUUUCCAGGCAUCGUACUUGCCUCGCCCUAGUGAUGUGGAGUACCAGUUUGUUUACCUGGAUAGCGUGGGAAAGGUGUGUGCUCGCAGCCGUCCGUUCACUUUUUGUGCCCCUCAGCCGCUGGAGGAGCUGGAGACUCUGAAAGAAGAACAAGACGAGGAGGAUGGAGAAGAAGAGGAGCUGCUCCUGGUCAUCCCCAGGGCUCACCUGCUGCAGAGUCGACUAGCGCAGAGCCUCAAACAGCAGGAGGAUUUACUGCGAGCUCUGGAAGAAGCCAAGAAGGAGGUUGAGUGUGAAAAAGAAACCAGCAAAAGAGCAAGAAUUGAGUGGGAGAGGGAAAGAGAAGCAAUGAGGGAGGAGAUCACUGAACUCAGAGACAACCUGAGACAGAGCUGCCAGAUCCUAAAGAGGCUGGAAGAGAGACACAAGGAUGAGACAAGCAGUCAGGAACUUCAGAGCUCUGAACUGAGAAAACUUGAGGCUGAAAAGGCGGAGAAGCAGCAGCAAGUCCUCGACCUGCAGGAUGAAAUCAGGAUUCUGUCUGACAGAGAAGAUCAAGGAAACAUGGAACUGCAAAGGCUGAAAGAACGAGUGAAGAAAAUGUCAAGCCAGAGGAAACAUGAUGAGGAAAAAAGAAAAUCCCUCCAGGUGGAGAUUGAUGCUUUAGCUGCAGAGGUGCGAGGGCUGCAGGAACAUCUGGAAGCCAGCGACCACGUAGCUGAGAACCUACGCAAACAGCUUCAAGACCUUGGUAUCCAGCGGAGUCACACCCACACUGAGCUGCACCAAGCCCGGCUGCAGGUGGCGAAGCUUACCCUGCAGCUGUCAGACCAAGACCUGGCCCUCAGAGAGGAGCGGGCCACCUGGGUCCUCGAAAGGGAGGCUUUUAAGCAUGCAGCAGAGAUGGAUAAGAAGAAACUACAGGAUCUGAGCUGUGAGCUUCAAAGAAAGGAGGAGUGGCUCCAGGAGGAGAGGGCAGAACGAGACCAACUGGAAGCAGAGCUUGGGAGGGAAAAAGUGCAUUUGAGCGACGCCAAGCGGGAGCUGCAGGAGCUGAAAGCCUCUCUGAGGAAGGUCCAGAAAGGCAGAGAGCUGGAAGAACUUCACAAGCAGGAGUUGGUGAAUUGCCUUCAUCAGCUGGAGAUAAAGCUCGGGAUCGGACAAGAAAUGAGAUCAAACAUCAGAACUGCUGAUUGCAUCUCUCCUGGUUCUGAGAAAGAGGAGCUUUCUUCAUCAGCUGCCCUGAGAUCAGCUUGUUCAUCUUUUGCCCCGGAGGAGAGCUCUUACUCUGAGAUCCCAGCUGAGACUCUCAGCCAAAGUGACGAGUCACCAGCUGACUCCCAGGUGGAAGAAACGGAAAUCAGGACAACUGAAGGAGAAGGGAAACAGCUAAUCCUGCGUGAACCCAUUAACCCCACCCUGAGUGAGUGGGCCGACUCCCCAAUGUGGUGACAAAACCAGGAGCACAUGGGUGAAAAGCAACGUUGGUGCCACUGAUAUGGAUUUGAAUCAGAACAAAACAAAGAGCAUUUAUUUCUUAUUUUUGUGAAAACGCACUUUGCUUUUCCCAUAGAGUCAACCGUUUUGUCUCUUAAUCAUAUUUAACAGAUAUUAUUUCU